CUGAGGCGGGCAAUCCGCUCUGCCGUGCCUAUCAGCUGGGCUUCAAACAAAGGAAAUAUAGGUCAGUAUAAGCGCAGGGGCAGGCACCUGAUCGUCGGAGCGAACUGGUUCGCGCUCAGGUGAUUGUCGGAACUACCGGUUCGCCCGAACCACUCUGAACUGGCUGAAUACCACCCCUAAAUGGAAGCCAUGUGAUGUUAACAAAACCAAGAUGGUUGACUAUGGAGUUCUGCUGUUGUUCUGAUUUUUUCCCCAUUUUCUUUUUUACUCCUUCUGUAGAUGUCCUUUUUGUGGGCUGUUUGUUUUGCCAUAUUCGGGGACUCUACACAAGCAUUUUUACUGGCACAGGGCAAAACACGGUGUCCAAAACCCAGUUUAUUUCUGUUGCAAGAAGUUAAUAUUUGUUUAUUAAAAGAUUUAUACGGCUCCUUUUUUACAUAGCCUCAACUCUUGGCGGCUCCCAAAAGGAAAACCAAUAAAUACAAUAAUCAUAAAAGAGUAAAAUAAUAACAUGAAAAAUCCUGCACCUUAACUGUCCUCCUUGUUGAUUUCUUUCCUGGCUUCCAGGGGACACAUGAGUGCAAAUGGCACGGAGCUGUCAUUAAAAUCAACAGUGGAUCUGUCCUGCUGGCUAAACAAGAGCUUCUACCGUAGGCAUUGUAACAUCGUUUUGUUACACAACCACUCUAUUAUCAGUAGCAGCAGCUCUCCGAAUUCUUCAAUCAGGGCCCAGAUUCUACUGAAUACUUUUGGGAGGCAGACAUUUGAAUGCGAUUGCAAAGCACCGAGACCACAGCGCAUAUGCGGAAUUUAUGUUGUUGUUGGAAUUGCUCCAGAUCAACCAAAAAAUGUGUCAUGUGCCCAGUAUGGAAAAUAUGGACCCACCAUUUGUUCUUGGGAUAAAGGAUAUUAUACCUAUCUGUUUACUACCUAUACCCUAUGGGUAACAAAUGAAACCUCCAAUGGGACAGUCUUGGGAGAAAAAACUAGCACUACAGUUAACACAGUAGAUCUCAGGAAAAAGCUGGACUUUGAAACUACUUAUACAGUUGUGGUCAAAGCCACAAAUAAACUUGGGAGCAAUUCAUCUGAACCAAUGCAGUUCACAUUAAUAGACAUUGUGAAGCCUCACCCUCCUGUGAACCUCUCAGUAAGCUGCGAUGCCUUUGUUCCCCAAAAUUGUACCAUCUUCUGGCAAGAUCAGCAAGAAACACAGGGCUUUAGACUGAGAUACCAACCUAUCCACAGUAAUUCCUGGAUUACGCUUGAAAAUCUCAACGCUAAAAGGUACGAUCUUCAUGACCUACAGCCCAAGACAAAAUAUGAAUUCCAAGUUUCCUGCAGGCUUCUUCUGGAAAGGGGUUUAUGGAGUGAUUGGAGCACAGCAUUUCAAACAGAAGCAGUGCCGUUUGAACCUGUUGAUGUCUGGUAUUUAAAGGAGACCUCUUCCAAAAUGCAGAACAUUACUCUCUUCUGGAAGUCCAAAAAUGUACAAGGAAUAAUAAGCCAAAACUUUCAAUAUCAAGUGAUAUUUCAAAAUCUCAACCAGAUGCCACCAAAAACUGCAGACAUGAGUGUGACCACCCACACUGUUUUCUCGCAUGUCUCCCUUAAGGCAGAUUAUAACAUAACACUUAAUUCGAAGAAUUCACGGGGCGUCUCCCCAUCUGUCUACAUAACCACAAAAUUGGGAAUUACAGAACUGCUACCACCUAACCAGGUGUCUGCCACAACCAUGGAGAAUGAGAGAAUCGUUGUUGAAUGGGAAGCACCUUCAGCACCACCCUCUUUCAUCAAUGGAUACAUAGUUGAAUGGGUAGAGAUCCCUCAAGACUAUCACAGGAACAACAUCUCCCCGACCUGGUUUAAAAUUCCUGUUUCUAAUUGCACAGUGAUAAAAGAGAAUUUAAAGCCCAACGUAUGCUACCUCAUCAGUGUGUUUGCGCUCUAUCGGGACAGAGCAGGAAAAGCAGCUACGACCACAGAAAAUAUCUCAGCAAAAGCUCCGUUAACGGGACCUCAGAUUGUGAAUGUAACUGUGGAAGGUGGCAGUAUUUUGGUCUCCUGGAGAGAAGUUCCAGAAGAUCAGAGGAUGGGGUGUAUCAUUAGUUACAAGAUUUAUUUGCAGAAACAAUUCUUUUCUACACCCCUGGAUGUCCACGAGCUCUCUAAACCAGCUCCACAACCCUUUUAUAUAAAAAACAUAGAGGCUGGUGCUUCCUAUGUUAUUUGGAUGACGGCUUCUACAAAUGCUGGAGAAAGCCCGAAAGGGAAUGAAGAGCUGAUCUACAUAAAAACAGGUGGAUUUAUAGAUGCUACCGACUGGGUCCCAAUUGUAGCCAUUUCUAUUAUUAUUGGACUUUCAGUCUUCUUUUGCUGUAUACCAGCUGUUCGGCAAAAGAUUUUCUCUCUCUUUUCUGCUCUGGUAUUUGGUUGGUAUCCAGAUCCAGCCAACUCUACAUGGGCAAAAGAAUUCACAUCUACAAAGGAUGAAUCAAGUUCCAACUCUACAGUGUUUUUAAGCCACCCAGUCAGAUCUAAAGACCCCGAAACUCUACAAAUAAAGGAAACCUUAAUUGAAAGACAGGGCUUCACUUUUAUGGAUGGGCACAUAUACAAAAAUAUAUGCAAGACAGAAGCACUAUCUAUGAGAACAAACAACUGCAAUUCUUUGACUACCAAUAUAACAAAUAGUACUGGUAGCUAUCAGUUGCCAUCUUUGUACAAGAAACUUAUACCUGAAGAUCCAAAUGAAAGCCAAGUAUUUUCUGAGUGCUUGGUUAAUCCACUCGAGGAUGCCACAGUAGAUUACCUGCCUACCAUCACACCGGCCAUUAUGACUUCUGAGGAAGACAGCUCUGGAUCUGAACUCAGUUCAUUGCCUAUUUUUCCUAUAACUUCUUUUCGAAGAAAUCCAGGUUUUUUGGGUGGAAAACUUACUCUGGAUGCUAUAAAAAUGGACUGCAAUUCUUUCACAGAGAACCCUUUUUUAAGAGCAGAGAUAUAGGGAAUGUUGCUCUUAAGCAUUAAGACUACCUAUGCUAGGGGUCAGCAAAGUUAAACUCUCAAAAGAGCCACAAAGGUUGUAACUGGAAGCCCCCCCCCCAUUCAAUUCUGGAGCCGACCAGG